CGGGCAGCAGCAUUUGCAGCAGCAUAAAAGUAUUACAAAAAAAGAAAAUCGUUUUGUUUGUAUCUAAAUGACGCGGUAGUUGUGGCCUAUAGAGCCUACCAGGAAAUCAGCAAGAUGUGGAGCGGCAUCGCGCUGCUCCUACUCCUGGCGGCAGCUGCCCACACAUCGCCAAGCAAUGAACAUGUUCCUCCUCUACCUCUAAGCAUAAGCAAAAACACAACCAUAACAAAUGAAACCAUACCUAGCAAUAAUUACAAAGUGCCUACGUCCAAUGCUGCUUCUGCUGCUAUCGGCUACAUGCCGCUCCAGCAGAGCUCAGCAAGUGUUUUCUUCGUCAACUACAAUCAGCAGAACGUUGUGCAGCUGAGGCACAAUGUGGAGAACAAGCUACAUAGUAUACGUAAUGUGGAGAUGCUAGUAACGAAAAUACAAGAAAUCUUCGACUCUAUACAUUUUGCCAGCUCAGUGACCACGCGGCUGUCGUCUGGCAACGACAACGAGACCGUGCAGCAGGAUCUGCAAGCGUUUAGCCAGCGUCUGGGACGCAAGCUGCAGAGAGCCACGCAUGUUGUACUCGAACUGCGGGACUUAUUGCGUUCCAAUCUUAGCAAAGUGCUGCUGCAGCAGCACAGCUACGACGACGAUACCGAGGAGGAGCAACAAAGUGAAUUUGACUUUGAAGUUGAGGAGGACGAGAACAGGAAUGCGGCUGCCAAUAACGAGAAUAUGCAUCUCUAUCUGAAUACGCAAAUCGAGAAAUGCCAACCGUAUUAUGAGACAAAUGUGGAUGCCGUCUCCUUGGCUUCGGCCCAUUACAAUAAACAGCAAAUACAAAUCUUGAAUUAUCUAAAAUCGGAUGAGGUAUCGCGCGCCACCUUCCUGAACGAGAACAAUGGUCGCUCGCUAGCCGCCAAUAGUUAUAUUGCCGAUCAGUUAGCCAUAUUGCGCCAGCUCUUGAGCAAUAAUCCAAGCGACAACGAGCCCAAUAGCAGCAGCAAGAUCAAGCACAGCAAAAAUAAAGCCAGCAGCAGCAGCAGCAGCAGCAGCAACAGCGCCAGCCACUUUAAGCACAUCUAUUUCCUCUCCAGCAGCGAUGGAGCUUUGGGCACAGCCCACUUUCGUCGCCUGUACGUUUCGGCCAUCAAACGAAAGUUUGUGAUGCUGCUCAUAGAUGUGGGAUCGGCGCUAAAUGCGGAACUCUUUGAAAUAACCAAGAGCUUUGUUCAAGAGUUGCUGCUGCUCUUGGAGGACACGGACUAUAUAUCGUUAGUGACUAUAUCCAGCGAGGCGGACUAUAUGUAUUUGGAUGCGUUUCCUGCAGACGCGGCUCACGGCAUUUAUAGCGCCACGCGUGCGCACAAGGAUGAGAUUCUUAGCUAUGUGAACAAUCUGAGCUUUGGUCGCGGCAUGACCAACCACACGUUGGGCUUUGAAUAUGCGUUUGAAAUGCUGCAUCGACUGCAGCAGGCACAGCUCGUCAAUGUGUCGGAGCAGCCCAUUGAGUUUGUCUAUGUAACGCGUGGACUGCUCACAAAUCUGUCGGAUGCCAUGCAUGUGUUGCGUGUGUUGGCACAGGGCCAGAGUCGUCUGCUUUCGCCGGUUAUCAUCAACACCUGCGCCGUGGUGCUGGACGAGAAGCGCAUCAUGUAUGAGAAGCAGUUCCUCAGCGAUGUGGCCACGCAGAACUAUACGAAGUUCGAUAUUGAUGUGAGUGCAUGGCUGCCCGCUGGCCAGGAGGCGCAAUUGGCUGGACGUUUCUUUGUACUGAACAAGAUGCACGCGGAGACAAUACCACGGGCGAGCAGCCGCGUCUUUGGUCAGCUUUUCACAGAGCGUUUUCUCAGCGACUCCCUGGAAGUGCAUCAGCCCGCUGUGGAUGCCGAGAGUGGAGAUGUCCUGGUUGCCAUCACAUAUGCCGUGCCGCCCUAUGGCGUGGUGGGCGUGAAUUUGUAUUUGGCUGACUUGUUGGAGGAUUUGCUUAACUAUCCGACUGCUUCGCCCGCUGCCAAGCAGGGCUUCAGCUAUGCCUUUCUGCUGGAUCGUGACACCGGCAAUACGCUGGCCCAUCCGGCAUUCCCACGCCCGCUCAUCCAGCGUGAAACAGCGUAUCCAGUGAACAUAGCCUAUCUGGAGAAUGCAACGGACUUUUCCAGCAUCCUCGGACGUAUGCUGCAUGAGGAGCGCGGCAAUGCCAGCACUGGCGUCUACUUGGGUCGCCAGCAGCUGUUGCGCACCUAUCACUGGCAAUCCGUGCUGGGCAUUUAUGUGCUCUGUCUGGUGAGCACCGCCAGCAUCAGUGGCACUGCCGCCCACAAUACAUCUGUGCCGCAGCAGCGCUACAAUCGCUUGGAUGCUGUAUCGAGCUACGAAUCUGGUUACUAUGGCGAUAGCAUGGAUAUAUUGUACCACCGUUUGGACUUGCUGCAAAAUGCCGCCACUGGAGCGCCCGCAAAUUGCCGUUACUUCAGGCAACUGGCCACAAUGGAUGCACCCACUCUCUUUCUGAGCGCCGCCGCCUUUAAUUCGCCCUUUGCAUUUCUGCACAACAAUCGCCCACGCACACAGCUGCGUCAAGUGGAGUCCAUAAUGGCUUAUUUGCGUGAUUCCCGUGGUCUGUUCGCUAAUCCCGGGCUGCGGCCACGCAUACGGCACGAGGUUGUGGUCUUAUAUCAGGCUAUGCAACUGCUACGACGACGGCAUCAGGACUCGAGCGGAUCGUUGCGUGCUCACAUUAUCAGACGUUAUAUAGCCAGUGUCAGUGGCGUGCUGCAGAUAUAUCCGGGUUGCCUGCUGAGCAGCAGCUAUGAUGCAACACGACGUCCCUGGUUCCGGCAGGCCAUGGCCCAGCCGGGUCGCAUUGUCAGCACAGCGCCGUAUCUGGAUGCUGGUGGAGCGGGCUAUGUGGUGACGAUAGCGCAUACGAUAUUUGAGGGCAAAGCGGAUGCCUUACACUCGGCACAGCAGGAUCGGCCUGUGGCUGUGGUCGCCCUGGAUGUGCCCUACGCCUUCUACUAUCGGCUCAUCUUGGACAGCACGCCGGUGUGCACACAGCCGCACAUGAAGUGCCUGCUGUUCGAGCACGAAGGCUAUUUGCUGGCGCAUCCCAGCAUGCUGCAGGUGUCCACGCACACGCGCAAUCAACGCCGGCCCCACGAGCAUCUGACGCACAAGGAAUCCUAUCUGGCCAACGAUAUGCUAAACCAUGCCCAACUGGUGCGCAAGCUGGGCUGUGGCAGCUAUCAGAAUCGGACGCUGCAACGCUAUUACGCCUUCAACACAUCGCUGGCCACCAUACUGAGCAAUGUGGUGCAUGGCGAGCGCACGAAAUACGCCAUCGCCCUGAUCCGUGGCAGCAAUCUGUUUGCGGCGGUGCUCAACUCCAGCUGCGAUGGCGGUGCCUUCUGUCCGUGCAGCACCAUCGAUCGGGUCUGCCUCAACUGCAAGCGCAUGGAUCAGACGGACUGCGAGUGUCCCUGCGAGUGCCCCAUGCUGGCGAAUAGCGAUGCCAGGGAUCUGGAUGACUAUACCAACUAUACGCGGCAAUUUCCCUAUUGUGCACCACCGAGCGAACAUUUUCUCGCACUGCCACCCACCACGCAGCUGUUGAGCAUGUUGCCCAGCUGCACCGCCGUUGGAGGCGGAGGCGGCUGUGAGACGUUCGCUACACAGCGCGAAUGCCUCGGCAUCAUGGGCUGUGAGUGGUGUCAACAGGAUGUGGAGGGGAACACCUUCGCGACGGCCUUCUGCUCCUCACAGGCGGGCUGCUUUAAUGGUGUGCUGGCCUCGCUGACGCCGUAUGGAGAGUUGGAUGAGCUGGAGAUGCUGGCCGCGCAUAAUCCACAGCGGGAACAGCAUGCCUACUCCGCCUUUGGGCCACUGGGUGGUGCCAUCGUUGUGCUUGCCAUAGUGAUAGGCUUUGCCAUCUAUUGCUACAGGCACAAUCUGGAUAACCAGGCACUGGAGCAGUUUUAUGUGGAUUCGGUGCAGGAGGAGAACUACGGUCUGCCCCUGUCACGUUUCAAUUUCGAUGAUUGCCAGGCACAUGAUGAGCCGCCCAUGGGUGGCUAUGAUCAUGCUGCGGCCCAGCGCCAACUGAUGCAUGCUGCGGACAUAUCACCGUAUCACAUGUCCAGUGGCAGCAGCUACUACCGCCGGCCGCCCAACGGGGAGUCGGAUCACGGCUACAGCACCAUGACACCGCACGAGGAUAGCUCCGAUCAGCAGUGCUUUACGCUGGCGGAGCCACUGCUGCUACACGACAAGCGGCACAGCAAGUCGGACACCAUGUCCAUAUCAACAUCCAUAUCGAGUCCCACUAACCGCCAGCAGUCCAACGCUCAUCCCUAUUUGAGCAAUCAGCCGGCCAGCAAGACGGAGCGCUACAAGCAGCAGCCGCAGGCCACACCGUCGCCCUGUCGCGGCACAACGUCCGCGGUUUAUGGCCAGACCACGCUGCCGCUGGAUGCCGAGGAGUCGCGAUCCCACUAUAUACUGGCGCCUGUGACCGUCCAUCGGCACAUGGAGACGGCCGAAUCGUAGUCGAUUGCAAUUAACGUUUAAGGAGUCCGCUUGUUUGCCAACUUGGUUAUUUUGUGGGUUAGUUCACAACCACGCGAUCCGACACAGAAUCAGAUCAGCAUCCGAUAACUAAUUCAGACUCUACAAAAUGCCAGCCAAUUUAAUCUUUAAGUCGUUUAUAUUGUUAACCACUUUGCCAUUUUUGUCCAGGUGCACGAACUAUGCGCGUGCACUGUAAUUUAUUGCAAAAAGUAUUAUUAUGCAGCUACUUCCAAUAUUUUAAGCAUUUACAUAUACAUACAUACAUAYAUAUAUAUAUGGAUAUAUAGAUAUAUAUAUAUCUAUGUUAAGCACUAAAUCAACUAAAUGUACUUAUCAAAGUAACGAAACGACUCGAAAGGAAGAGUAUACAUUUUUUGUAAUAGUCCUUAAGUGCAUAAAGUUACUAAUUAUCGAUUUUAGUUCGUAAAUAAUACAAACUUUAAAUAAAAUGUUUGCAAAAAUUUUACACACAAAACGAAAAGGAAGA